GGCAUCGAGCCAUUGAAGCCAAUUUGCUUAGGGAAGUUUGCCGUCUUGAGAAGUUUCAGGGGUUGGGUAGCUAAAAUGACCUCAUAAAUGCACAGCUAGGAAAUGACACAAAACAGAACAACAUUGGUCAUCAAACUCCUUGCACUAUCAGGGUGUGGUUUCAGAGAGUCGCCAAGCAAGAUGAUUCCUGUGGUGUCUUGCUGAUUACCGCAAGCUUCGGGAUACUUCGCUGUGUGGAAUAGUGUGUCUGUGCACCGAACUUGCUGAGAUAUAGACCUAUCACUUCGGGGAAGGUGGACCAGCAUUCCCAGUAUGGGGCUGCUGCAGCUGCUGAAGUCCCAGUUCCUCUGUCACCUGCUCCUCUGCUACGUGUUCCUGGUCAGCGGCCUGCUCGUCAACCUGCUGCAGCUCUGCACGCUUCCCCUCUGGGCCAUCAACAGGCAGCUGGCCCGCAAGAUCAACUGCAGACUGGGCUACUGCAUCUCUAGCCAGAUGGUAGCAUUAUUGGAAUGGUGGUCUGGCACAGAAUGCACGCUCUACACAGACCCGGAGAGUUACCCUCUGUACGGCAAAGAGAAUGCCAUUGUCAUCCUCAACCACAACUUUGAGAUUGACUUCUUGUGUGGAUGGACCUUCUGUGAGAGAUUUGGCGUUCUUGGGACAUCAAAGGUCAUGGCCAAGAAGGAGCUUGCAUAUGUGCCCCUGAUUGGCUGGAUGUGGUACUUCCAGGAGAUAGUGUUCUGUAAGAGGAAGUGGGAGGAUGACCGUAGAACCGUGAUCAAGAGUUUGCACAACCUACGGGACUACCCUGAGAACUUCUGGUUCCUGAUGUUCUGUGAGGGCACACGCUUCACUGAGAAGAAGCACCAGAUCAGCAUGCAGGUGGCCGAGAGCAAAGGGCUGCCUAAGCUGAAGCACCACCUCCUGCCACGCACCAAGGGCUUCUGCGUCAGCGUGCAGAGCCUGCGAGGAACAGUUACGGCUGUGUACGAUUCUACACUUAAUUUCAAAAACAACGAAACGCCGACAUUACGGGGAAUUUUAAGUGGGAAAAAGUACUAUGCUGAUCUCUAUGUGAGGAGGAUUCCUCUAGACUCAAUCCCAGAGGACGAGGCUGAAUGUACGGCCUGGCUUCACAAACUUUACCAAGAAAAGGACACAUUUCAGGAGCAGUAUGCCCAGACGGGUAGCUUCCCUGGGCCCGUGAUGAGCCUGGCUCGCCGGCCGUGGGCCCUGCUCAACUGGCUCUUCUGGGCCAGUGUGCUGCUCUACCCCCUCCUCCUGCUGCUGCUCUGGCUGCUUCAGGCGGGCUCCACGCUCACGGUUGUCAGCAGCCUCACCAUCUGUGUCGUAGGUUCUGUGGCCGUGCGCUGGAUGAUUGGACAGACAGAGAUCAACAGGGGAUCAAGUUACGGGAACAAGGAAACCCUACUCAACAACAAUUAAGGAGAAACGAUCGCCAAGAGAAAUCACCAAAGUGCACAAUAAUUAAAGCUAAGAGCUUGCACACGACGGCCAACUCGGGCAGCUAGGACUGUGGCAGUGUUUGACAGCUGGGCACAAAACAUACACUUCUGGAAAACAAGCUGGCACAG